CUGGACGUCACUCAAGAAACCGCAGAACCAAAAAGCUCUCUGUCGCCGUCCUCACCUCUUCAAUCCUUUCAAACCCCCGCCACUUUUUAUCUCCGUUUCUCAUUGAUACACGACGAUGGCAGACCUCGCUGCCCCGAAGGACAUCAAGAAUGAUCCCGAGCAGGCUGUGAUUGAUGAGGUUGAGGAGAUCUCGGCUCCUGGCCACAUUGACCAUGUUAGGAGGAACUCUUUGGUCUUGAGCUCUAAGGACAACAAGAUUCUUGUUGCCAAUCGUGGUGAAAUUCCCAUUCGUAUCUUCCGUACCGCUCACGAGCUCUCCAUGACCACCGUCGGUAUCUACUCCUACGAGGACAGACUUUCCGCCCACAGGUACAAGGCCGACGAGUCUUACCAGAUCGGUGAGCGCGGUCAGUUCUCCCCCGUCGGUGCCUACCUCGCCCAGGACGAGAUUGUCAGGAUCGCCAAGGAGAAGGGUGUCUCCAUGAUCCACCCCGGAUACGGUUUCCUCUCCGAGAACGCCUCUUUCGCCAGGAAGGUCGAGGCUGCUGGUAUCAAGUUCGUUGGCCCCCGCCCUGAGGUCAUCGAUGCUCUCGGUGACAAGACCAAGGCUAGGACUGUCGCUAUUGAGUGUCAGGUUCCUGUUGUCCCUGGUACUGACGGACCUGUCUCCAACGCUGAGGACGCCGAGGCCUUCGUCGAGAAGCACGGUUUCCCCAUCAUUAUCAAGGCUGCUAUGGGUGGUGGUGGUCGUGGUAUGCGUGUCGUGCGCGACAUGGAGUCUUUGAAGGACUCUUUCCUCCGUGCCGUUUCCGAGGCCAAGUCCGCUUUCGGUGACGGUACCGUCUUCAUCGAGCGUUUCCUCGACAAACCCAAGCACAUCGAGGUCCAGAUCUUGGCUGACUCCUACGGUAACGUCGUUCACUUGUUCGAGCGUGACUGUUCCGUUCAGCGUCGUCACCAGAAGGUCGUUGAGGUCGCUCCUGCCAAGGACUUGCCUCGCGAAGUCCGUGACCAGAUCUUGGCUGAUGCUGUCAAGUUGGCUCGUCACGUUAAUUACCGUAACGCUGGUACCGCUGAGUUCUUGGUCGACCAGCAGAACCGCCACUACUUCAUCGAGAUCAACCCCCGUAUCCAGGUUGAGCACACCAUCACGGAGGAGAUUACUGGUAUCGACAUUGUCGCUGCUCAGAUCCAGAUUGCUGCUGGUGCUUCCCUCGAGCAGCUCGGUUUGACCCAGGACCAGAUUUCCAUCCGCGGUUUCGCAAUUCAGUGCCGUGUCACCACUGAGGACCCCGAGAAGGGUUUCCAGCCUGACACCGGUAAGAUCGAGGUCUACCGUUCCGCCGGUGGUAACGGUGUCCGUCUCGACGGUGGUAACGGUUUCUCCGGUGCUAUCAUCACCCCUCACUACGACUCUAUGUUGGUCAAGUGUACCUGCUCUGGUCACACCUACGAGAUUGCCCGCCGCAAGAUCCUCCGUGCCCUCGUUGAGUUCCGUAUCCGUGGUGUCAAGACCAACAUUCCUUUCUUGACCCGUCUCUUGACUCACGAGACCUUCAUUGCUGGUUCCUGCUGGACUACCUUCAUUGACGACACUCCUGAGCUCUUCCAGCUUAUGAAGUCCCAGAACCGUGCCCAGAAGUUGUUGGCGUACAUGGGUGACGUCGUUGUUAACGGCUCUUCCAUCAAGGGACAGAACGGUGAGCCCCAGCUCAAGACUGAGGUUAUUAUCCCCAAGUUGCCUGAGGUUGACACCACCAAGCCCUGCACCAAGGGUUGGAGGAACAUCCUUGUUGAGCAGGGACCUGAGGCUUUCGCCAAGGCUGUCCGUGCCAACAAGGGAUGUUUGGUCAUGGACACUACCUGGCGUGACGCCCACCAGUCUCUCUUGGCUACCCGUGUCCGUACCAUUGACUUGGUUAACGUCGCUCCUGUCACCUCUCACGCUUUGAGCGGUGCUUACGCCCUCGAGAUGUGGGGUGGUGCCACCUUCGAUGUCGCCAUGCGCUUCUUGUACGAAGACCCCUGGGACCGUCUCCGCAAGCUCCGCAAGUUGGUCCCCAACAUCCCCUUCCAGAUGUUGUUGCGUGGUGCCAACGGUGUUGCUUACUCCUCCCUUCCCGACAACGCCAUCUACCACUUCGUCGACCAGGCCAAGAAGAACGGUGUCGAUAUCUUCCGUGUCUUCGAUGCUUUGAACGAUGUUGAGCAGCUCCGUGUCGGUGUUGAGGCCGUCAAGAAGGCCGGUGGUGUUGUUGAGGCUACCAUGUGUUACUCUGGUGACAUGUUGCGCCCUGGCAAGAAGUACAACUUGGAGUACUACCUGGCUCUCGUUGACCAGAUCGUCGAGAUGGGUACUCACGUCCUUGGUAUCAAGGAUAUGGCUGGUGUUCUCAAGCCCACCGCUGCCCGCAAGUUGAUUGGUGCUAUCCGUGCCAAGUACCCUGAUUUGCCCAUCCACGUCCACACCCACGACUCUGCCGGCACUGGUGUUGCCUCCAUGGUUGCCUGUGCCGAGGCUGGUGCUGACGCCAUCGACGUCGCUACCGACUCCAUGUCUGGUAUGACCUCCCAGCCUUCCAUCGGUUCCUUCUUGGCUGCCAUCGACGGCUCCGAGAUCGACGCUGGUUUGAACGCUGCCCACGUCCGUGAGCUCGACGCCUACUGGACUCAGAUGCGUGCCCUCUACCACCCCUUCGAGGCUAAUCUUACCGGCCCCGACCCCGAUGUGUACGUCCACGAGAUUCCUGGAGGUCAGUUGACCAACUUGAAGUUCCAGGCUUCUUCGCUUGGAUUGGCUGCUCAGUGGGCUGAGACCAAGCAGGCUUACGUCCUCGCUAACACUCUCCUCGGCGAUGUCAUCAAGGUCACUCCUACCUCUAAGGUUGUUGGUGACUUGGCCCAGUUCAUGGUCCAGAACAAGUUGACCAUGGAGGACGUUAACGAGCGUGCUGACCAGCUUGACUUCCCUGCUUCCGUCUUGGACUUCUUCGAGGGUUUGAUGGGUCAGCCUUACGGUGGAUUCCCUGAGGCCCUUCGUGAGAAGAUCCUUGCUGGUAAGCGUAAGGCCUUGUCUGAGCGCCCCGGCAAGUCUCUUCCUCCCGCUGACUUGGAGAAGAUCAAGAAGGACCUCCAGGCCAAGUUCGGCUCUGCCACUGACUGCGAUGUCGCCUCUUACACCAUGUACCCCAAGGUCUACGAGGACUUCCGUGCUUUCCAGGAGAAGUACGGUGACGUUUCCGUCUUGCCCACUCGUUACUUCUUGGCUGCUCCCGCUCUCGGUGAGGAGAUCAACGUCAAGAUCGAGGAGGGUAAGUCCUUGGUCGUCAAGCUCCUUGCUGUCGGUCCCGUCUCCGAGGCCACUGGUCAGCGUGAGGUCUUCUUCGAGUUGAACGGUGAGGUUCGUCCUAUCGCCAUUGAUGACAAGAAAGCUACUGUUGAGGAUAUCCGCCGUCCUAAGGCUGACCCCUCCAACCCCGGAGAUGUCGGUGCCCCCAUGGCUGGUGUCAUCAUCGAGUUGAGGGUCAAGGAUGGCCAGCAGGUCAAGAAGGGUGACCCUGUUGCCGUCAUGUCCGCCAUGAAGAUGGAGAUGGUCAUCUCUGCUCCUGUUGGUGGUAAGGUUGAGAGCAUCCAGAUCAAGGAGGGUGACUCUUUGCAGGGAAGCGACUUGGUUUGCAAGGUUGUUAAGGCUUAA